AUGUGGGCUCGUCUAGAACCAGUAUUCAAGCAAAUCACUACCACCGCCAUUUUGCUAAAGUACAACGCCGUUCCAAUGGUGGCGAUGCAAACUAGCAUGGGCCUCUCCAAGAUCUUGAUCUUGGUCGGAGCAAGGUACACUAGUACGAUCCUGGUUAAAAAGGGUAAAUUAUUUGAUAUAUUGGGCGAAAUUCAGUCCCUGGUGAAAGGUAUGGAAAAAAAUGGGGAAUCAUCAGAGUCCGACUCUUAUGUUUCUCAUGCCAUCGCUUCUCAAGUGCAUCGGUUAGCGAUGGAGGUCCGGCAACUGGCCUCAACAAGACAGAUAACUGUGCUGAAUGAAAAUUCUGGCCAAAUCGGUAACAUGACCUCUCUUAUAGUGCCAGCUGUUGCCGUGGGUGUAUUGUGUUAUGGAUGCAUGUGGUGGAAGGGUCUUACCUUCUCAGAUCUUAUGUAUGUAACAAAGCGUAAUAUGGCAAAUGCUGUCUCAAACUUGACAAAACAUCUGGAGAGUGUGUUUCAGUUUCUUCAGGCAACAAAGAGGCACUUGACACAGCGAAUUGAGAACUUGGAUGGAAAACUCGACGAGCAAGUGGAAAUAUCAAAGUUAAUUAAGAAUGAGGUUACUGAUGUUCGUGGUGAUCUUUCUCAAAUUGGCUUUGACUUGGACGCACUACAGAGAAUUGUUUCUAGCUUGCUGUUACUGGAUAAGGUUUCUAGUUUUUGGUGA